GUCUAGUGGCCAGCAGCCGCUGUGGCCCUACUGCGCCUUCUGGUCUCUGCCCGGGGCUCGGGCUCCCGUGACUGGCCCAGGCUAGCGUGCGGAGUAUGGGGCGAUGAAGGCUAUGGAGGGCUACCGGGGCUUUUUGGGUCUGCUCGUGUCUGCAGUACUGCUCGGCUUCCUGGCGGUGCUCUUCACCCUCAUCUGGGUCCUUCAUUACCGGGAUGGGCUCGGCUGGGACGGGGGCUCCCCGGAGUUUAACUGGCAUCCAGUGCUGACUGUCACCGGCUUCGUCUUCAUCCAGGGCCUCGCAAUUAUUGUCUACAGACUACCCUGGACCUGGAAAUGCAGCAAACUCCUAAUGAAAUCCAUCCAUGCUGGAUUAAAUGCUGUUGCUCUGAUCCUUGCAAUUAUUGCUCUGGUAUCUGUUUUUGACUUCCACAAUACCAAGACUAUUCCCAACAUGUACAGUCUGCACAGCUGGAUUGGACUGACUGCUGUCAUACUUUACACUGCACAGCUUCUUCUAGGUUUUUUCAUAUUUCUGCUUCCUUUUGCUUCCCCGGCACUCCGAGCAAUUCUUAUGCCAAUCCAUGUUUAUUCUGGUCUGCUCAUCUUUGGAAUAGUGAUUGCAACAGCACUUAUGGGAGUGACAGAAAAAUUGAUUUUUUCCUUGAAAAAUCCUGAAUAUAGUAAAUUACCACCAGAAGCUAUUUUUACCAAUAUUCUUGGCGUUCUCAUUCUGGUGUUCGGUGCUAUCAUUUUUUGGAUAGUUACUAGGCCUCAGUGGCAGCGUCCCAAAGAACCAAAUGCUAAACUUCUUCAGCCAAAUGGAAGCACUCCAGAGGGUGUUGAUUAUUCUGUGACAGGCGACUUUGGCAAUUUGGACAAAUCUGAUGUGGACAGUGAAGCUGCAACAAGAAAAAGGAACUUCAAACUGGAUGAGGCUGGCCAGAGAUCAACCAUGUAAAGGACUACUUGCAUGUUGUCUUAUAAUCUCACUUCAAAACAUCUCCAGCUCAGCUGUACCUUUCUAUUCAGCUACAAAAACCAUUAAAUUUUAUCAUAUCCAUUUAUUUUAACCAGAUGUAUUAAGUUGCGUUGUUAAAAAAAAAAAAAAAAAAAAAAAGAUUAUAUGGUGUGGUUGAGGGCUAGAACUGAUUUGAACUGAAAAGAAUAUGAUCAAUUUAGAUAAAACCUUUUGAGACAUAACUUUUUUCUUCCUCAGAACACCUAGACUGACUGUAAGUUCUCUGAUAGUAUCCUAUCUUUUUGUAUCCUCAAAUGUUCAGCUAAGUGCCUUGCAAAGAACAUGUACCUAGUCAAUGUUUGUGGUUUACUUUGAUUGAUUAGAACAUCCCUGAUCUUAAAUUAUAACCUAGUGUCUGUCAUCUUCAGUUUCUCCUUAGGUCUCCUAAGCUCAAGAGUUAGACAGGACUGAAGAAAUUGUUUCAGAGGUCUCAAGGAAGACUAAAGUUAUUGUUGAGCUCUCAAUGUUUUUAUAGAAACCUAGGUGUCAUUAGGUGCUUAAUAAAUGCUUGUUCCCUUUUCUGCUUUCAUAGUGAAAAUAUUACAUUUACCUAAGAAAAGUUAGCAAGAUAAACUGGGCAUACUGUGCCCUUCUAUUUUUUCCCUUUCUGCUUGUAGAAGAGCUUCCUAAUGUGGGUUCAGGUUGGGCCUAACAAUAUGAGCUUAGAUUUUGGAAUCCUUGUGAAAUGACUUUGUAACUGGUUGGUCCCAGGAAUUACACUGGCUUUUGGCCAGGUGAGUCCCUCCAAAUUGUCCUCAGUGCGGUCCUGGGGCUAGGGAUCAUUCUAAGGGAGAUAUUCAAGCUUCUGCUAGAACAAUCCUAAAUGCUUGAGGAAUUUCCAGAGUAACAUUUUGCCCUUUAUUUUCUCUAAACUGGAGUAACAUGGGAUUUAGUUGCAUGUUGUAGGGAACUUUAUAGAUUUAAGUGUGCUCACCUGAGCUCACCUCAGUCUUAAUUGAAUCUUAGUAAUAUACCAAAAUCAAUUAGACUAAGGAAGAAGUGAAAUAGGAGCAUUUAACUACUGGAUUUCUCUCCUGUGACUGAAUUCCAAAUAGCUAAGGGGUGGGACUUUAAAGAUAACUGAUCUUUCUCUGCCCCUGUCAGCUGAAAUGGGCUUUCAAAACCACAGUCCAUUUGAUUCUGGAUAAUUUGAUGUAAUAUAAUUAUAUUCUAUGUAAUGUUCCACCACUGGCUGUUUUUAUUCUUCUGGAUUUUAAUAUCUGGACAAAGUUGGGUAUGAAAGUCAGAGAGAAGCCUGUAGGAUAAAUCAGAGCUAAUAGCUAGUUUUUCUACUCUCUGUGCCUUCCAGAUCUUGGAUAAAUCUCCACAAUUUUAUUCCUGAAGCCUUAGAAGUGAGUAGGACCUAGGUCUAUAAAUAAUUAUUUAGUCUCUCAAGAUUCCAUUGUAUCCCCUGUAUUGGAACUUUGAGUAGUGGGAAAGCUCUGUACCUUCUCAAAAUUUGUGUUUAGUUGGUUUCAUUAUUUUCCUCCCACAAGUUUUGUAAUAGCACUAAUAUUGCAAAUACAUUUAACAAGAUUUUUUUAUGCUUAAUAGGAAAAUUGAUUCUUUAUUAGGUAACCAGAAAUUGUUUAAAUAGAUAAAAAGCCAUUUAUAUUUUAUCAUAUUCAUCUAUAAACUCCCAGCCUACUGCUUUGGCUAGUCACUCAAGUAUUUCUUGAGUGCCAAUAAAAUGCGCUAUCUUAUUCUUCCUUUGCUUUAUCAACUAUUUCCCAUGGAUUCAUAGCAUUGUCAGAAUAGUGACUCCAUACUAUGUCAAUUUCUAUGAAAUCGGUAAAUAAAUUUAGAAAAAAUCCACUAAACUGAAUCUGGUACAGUAAAGAAAUGGAUUGCAACUUUGCUUGGGGAAAAAUAACUUUUCAUAGAUAUAUGCGUUGUUUCAAGUAUACACAUAUAUUAGGAGCUUGGGGGCAGCCCAUUUUGGAGGGAAUUAUUUGAAAUGGAGGUGUCAAACUCAAGGACCACGGCCAGCAACAAUGAUGCCAUAAUCAAAUUAAAAUGUAAUUGGGAAAAGUUUAACAGGAUAAAUAAAGAUAUAAUAAAAAUAGGUAAUAUAAAUUUAUGACUUUCUAAAUCAAUAUGUGAUUAUAGGGAUCCAUUUCUCUUUGAAUUGGCAUCACUGCUGUAAUUCUAAUUAGAAUUCUAAUUUGAAUUUGAUACCACUGCUCUAAUUCUAAUUCAAUAAGAUUCAUGAGAAGUUUCAUUAAAGACUAUAUGUUAAGCAAAAACAUUUUUUAGUUGAUUUGGGAGGUUUGGAUGCUGAAUCCUUAGCACUUGGGAUUACUUUUUUUUUUAUUUUAUAAAGGAUUUUAAAAAAUGGAUGUCAGAGAAAAGUUAAUUCUUGAUUUGCUAUUAGACUCUAUUACCCCAUUACUAAUUAUUUGGGCCACCACUUAUCUUAGCCCUUUAUUCAACCUUUCUUGUAAGCUAAUUUAAGAGUAAUCUUAAAAGACAUUAGAGGAGUGUCUUUUCCUUCUUACAUAGCCUCUAUAAAAAACAAUCCAUAGUAAAAAUAUGUCUAGAAAAUCUUUUUCAUCUUAGAUUCCUCUUAAUUGGCUUUUGUACUAAUGAUAAUUGCACCUUUAUCUUUCAAAAACUGAUAUUUCCCCUUAAAGAAUCUUUCCUCACCACCAAAUAUCUCAUAUUAAGUUUAAAAGAAUAGGUGAAAAGGAAACCUUAAAUAUUCCCAAAAAGUGAUUGAAUCUACCCAAAGUAAUUAUAGCUUAUAUCAUCAGUAGAGAUGGUCUGGCUUGGCUCACCCCAUAAUCUAAUUCCAGGAGAGAAAGCUUUAUUUUAACACUUAUUUAAACCAGCACCAAAGUAAUUUCUAACAGUGGUUUUGUCAAGAAAUUUAAAUGAAUAUACUUUUUUGAAUGAAUGUCAUUAAAUGAUAAUAUCUUCCUGCUCCAUAGAUCAAAAUGAAUGGUUGCCAUGUCACUUUCUUUUCAGUAUUUAGAUGGCUUCCUCAAGCCCAGAUAUUUAGAAGAGAAAUCUUAAAACCUGCAAUUAAGUGACAAAGAAACCAACAGCACUUUAAAGGAACAUACUGGCAAGUGGUUUUGGCUAUUCAGAGUCCAGAGUAAGAAAGUUUUGGUUAUAUAGAACCCAAAAUGUACAAGUCAUUUUGGUAUAGGCCUUUUCCUCUUUUGAGCAUGAAAUUCCAAGAAAAUGGCUAUGCUGUUGACGCCCAAGUCUCAGAUAGGGAGUAUAAUCAUUAGGUCUAUUCAACCACAGUGAUUACUAAUCUACCAAAAGAGGGAAAAAAAAAAAAAAAAAAAAAAAAAAAAAAAAAAAAAAAAAAAAAAAACUUUGCAUCAAUUGUGAGGAGUUAAAUGAUAGCAAAUUUUUUUUUCUUGACAGUGACAUUUUAAAAUAGAAACACAUAGUAUAAUGGUUAUGUUGAACUAGGAAUCACAAGAAAGUACAGUAGAGUACAUAAAUAAUGAUUACUUAUCAUGUAUAUUGUACUUUAAAAUGAAGACAGUUGUUUUAAACUAAACAAAAGGUUUUCAUCUUGAAAGAAUUCCUUUUAUCUCAGUAUGUUCAUGGGAGACUUUCAAAUGAUCUGAAUAUUUUAUUACUUGUAGAACAAUGCAUCUAUUUUUCCUAACUGUUUUUAUACAGUAAUAAAAAUUAUUUUUGAAGCUUU